CCUUGCUCAGCUAGCAUCAGCACUAACUAUCCUUUUGACAAACCGAGCGAAAAGCCUAAAAUUUAUUGUCAAAAUCAUGCAAGCCAAGUUGUGGAGCUUGAUGCAUAUGAUCUAACUCCUACGCGUGUGUUUUCAUGGAAUGAACUGGAUCCAAUGUUUAAAGGCAAUCUUGCGUCUCCCCAUUCUCAUUUUGAUGAAACUACCGGUGAAUUGAUCAAUUUUACUAUGGAGUAUAAUACAAAGGGGACUACAUACAAUUUUUUCUCUGUAUCACAUAAUCAUCAAAAUGGUCAAUUGAUCGGAUCUAUAGUGGCAAAAAUGUCUUACGUUCAUAGCUUUGGCGUCACUCCAAGAUUCAUAAUUCUGGUUCUAUUUCCAUAUUAUGGAAAAAGCUCUGGGAUUAAUUUCACCUGGUCUGACAAUAUAAUCGAUUCUUUUGAAUUUAGACCAAAUGAGCCUACAUUAUUUUAUGUUAUUUCAAGAGAAAAGAAGAAGCACGUCGCUACUUAUAAAUCAGAUCCUUGUUUUGC